CACAGAGAGACCAAUCAGAAUAAGAGCCUGUAGAAAAACUCUUGUCAUGUCUAUGUUAAACACAACUUCUCUUUAUCUGCAAAGUAAAACUGUUUGAUUAUCUGUGGAUCAGAGUGCAGCAGGCUGGAUGUGACGAUGGGGCACUCUUUGCUCUGCAUGAUGGGCUUUUUCUUGCUCAGUACUGUCAUCUGUGGAAAUGCUGAAGAUCACAGUUAUGAUUCACAAGAUGCCGAUAAGGAGGAAGAGCAAACAACCUCAGUUCCCAUUAAGCCCACUGUGACUGUGCAGCCAUUCUGGCCUCAGAUAUACAGCGGUGAGACAGUCACUGUCAGAUGUGUGAUUCAGGGAGGUGAAGGAGCUCAGUGGACGUAUGAAUGGAGAGCAGCCAAGUCAAACACACCUCCAACAUCCAAUGAAUACAAAAUUACAGUUACUGAGUCUGACAGUGGAGGAUACAGCUGCCGGGGCAGAAGAAGCUCCUCCUGGACAGAGUGGAGUGAUACCAUCACAUUGACAGUAAUCGCUCCUCCUGAGCCAACUGUGACCCUGCAGCCAUCCAGGACUCAGAUCUACAGUGGUGAGACAGUCACUGUCAGAUGUGAGAUUCAGGGAGGUGAAGGAGCUCAGUGGACGUAUGAAUGGAGACCAGCCAGGUUAAACACACCUCCAACAUCCAGUGAAUACAGAAUCACAGUUACUGAGUUUGACAGUGGAGGAUACAGCUGCCGGGGCAGAACAGACAGGUUCUUCACAGAGUGGAGUGACAUCAUCACACUGACUGUAUCAUCUCCUCCUAAGCCCACUGUGACCCUGCAGCCAUCCUGGACUCAGAUAUACAGAGGUGAGACAGUCACUAUGAGAUGUGAGAUUCAGGGAGGUGAAGGAGCUCAGUGGACGUAUGAAUGGAGACGAGGCCACUCAAACAUACGUGAAAAAUCCAAUGAAUACAAAAUCACAGCUACUGAGUCUGACAGUGGAGGAUACACCUGCAUAGGAAGAAGGGGAAAUUUCUACACACAGUGGAGUGACAGCAUCACAUUGACUGUAUCAUCUCCUCCUAAGCCCACUGUGACCCUGCAGCCAUCCUGGACUCAGAUAUACAGCGGUGAGACAGUCACUGUCAGAUGUGAGAUUCAGGGAGGGAAGGAGCUCAGUGGACGUAUGAAUGGAGACCAGCCAAGUUAAACACACCUCAAACAUCCAGAGAAUACAGAAUCAGCGGUGCUACUAAGUCUGAUGGUGGAGGAUACAGCUGCAUAGGAAGAAGGGGAAGUUUCUACACACAGUGGAGUAAAAGCAUCACAUUGACUGUAUCAUCUCCUCCUAAGCCCACUGUGACCCUGCAGCCAUCCUGGACUCAGAUAUACAGCGGUGAGAUAUACAGCGGUGAGACAGUCACUGUCAGAUGUGAGAUUCAGGGAGGUGAAGGAGCUCAGUGGACGUAUGAAUGGAGACGAGGCCAAGUAAACAUACGUCCAACAUCCAGUGAAUACACAAUCAGCAGAGCUACUGAGUCUGACAGUGGAGGAUACAGCUGUCGGGGCAGACGAGGUUCUUCCUGGACAGAGUGGAGUGAUAUCACCACAUUAAAUGUAUUAUCUCCUCCUAAGCCCACUGUGACCCUGCAGCCAUCCUGGACUCAGAUAUACAGCGGUGAUAGAGUCACGGUCAGAUGUGAGAUUCAAGGAGUUGAAAGAGCUCAGUGGACGUAUGAAUGGAGACGAGGUCAGUCAAGCAUACAUCCAACAUCCAGCGUAUAUACAAUCAGAGUUACUGAGUCUGAUGGUGGAGGAUACAGCUGUCGGGCCACAAGAAGCUCCUCCUGGACAGAGUGGAGUGACAUCACCACAUUGAGAGUAACAGCGAAACCAAAGGCUGAACUGAGAGCUGAUAGGACAGCUGUUCCAGUAGGGGGCAGUGUGACCCUGACCUGCUCUGUGAACCCAUCAUCAUCAUCAUCAUC